AUGGAUGCGCCAACCCCAAGACAGUCCACUCCCCGCUACUCCUCCCGCCUCACACGCACCCAAGCAGCAGCAGCAGCAGCAGCAUCACCAGCAGCUGCUGCUCCUCCUGAUGCAGCGUCUCCCCAGCAGUCGAUUGAACAGGCAGACACACAGGCACUGGGAAAUGCGUACGCACAGGGAGAGAAUGAUGCAGAAAUGUCAGGAGGGCAGGGAGGAGAGCAAGAGCAAGAGGAUGUGGAUGUGAAUCCGUCACCGCCCUUCCCACCGCCGUCGCCAGCAGCAGCAGGAGGCAUGAGGGAAUCGCCUCCUGUGAUUGAAAUGACAUCAUCGGAGGAAGGAGGGGCGCUUGGUUUGCAGGUCGGCGGGUUGCGUCUGGGUGACUCGGUGUCAGAUGCAGGCGAUACAAGCAACACGAGCAGUGGCAACGCACAUAAUGGCGACACUAGCAAUGGCUCCAACAGUCCAAGUGCUGCCUCUGAUCCAUACUCCCAUUCUCUCCAUGCAUCUCCCUCCGCAUCCCCACCGCUCUCCACUCCUCUCCACACCUCUUCCACCCCCAACCCCCCCACAAGCACAGCCACACCUGUCCCAGCCACGCCGCUCCCAUCCCGACCAUGUUUCAGAAACACCGCAGCAGGCGAACUCAGACAGGAGACGCGAAUCCAGCCCAAUUUCGUGCUGACGGGUGGUUUGGAGGAGGGUCUGCGGAAGGGCGGGAAACAACCUGGGGAGUUAAGUUUCGUGCAAGAAGUACCCCAACCCCCUCUCUCCACCCCUCUCAACCGUUAG